AUGUAUUCUCCGCAUGCAGAAGUGAGGAAGGCCGUGUCGCUUGUGGGGGCCCAGAACCUCUCGCACCCUUCAGAAGCCUUACUCAUUGACUUCGUGAAAGAAGCUCUGAACCCGCAGCUCGCGGCCAAUUACCUCGUCGACCGGCUAGAGCAGCAUCAGCAACCAGCCUCAGAGCUGGCGUCUCACUGGCAGUUCGUAAUUGAAUCUCUCACCCGUGGAAAAAUCCCCCCUGCUCCCGACCCUGUCUCUCGGCUCGCCAUUCGGAAACGAGAUGGCAAUAGAUGCUGCGUGACCGGCAAACCAGGAUCUCUUCUAGACCCUCUCCUGGUUGUGCCCGUUUUAAGAGUGCCCGAUGGCUGGGAUACAACUGAUCAUCCCCAAGUCCUAGACAUGCUUGGAGCCUUUUUUGGACGUGGCUAUAGGGAUUGGUGGCUCAGCUACAUUAGACAUAUUGACGAUGUACCUGUGUUUGAUAACCACUGGCUUGUGCGGCAGUCUGUGGCGCAAGUAUUCGAGAAAGGAUUUAUAAAAUUAGAUCGCCUCCAACCUUCAAUGAUCGAGUUCGAACUCAAAGCUGUUGCUGUUGGCCCUGAGGAGCUGCACCUUGACAUUAAUGGACCCUACCCUUUGCUAGGCGACCAUUCUCGUUCCAGGACUCCUACCGUAGAUGCUCGCUUCAUUGGCACACACGCUAGGUUUUCCCGCAGCAUACGCUUUCUCGACAUUGCAUCUACUUUUGCCGCGGCCGAGCCACUGCCGGACACACGGAAAGCUGUCGCACUCUCAGGAGCUCCACAAUUUGCCGGCAGCCUGUUGGAGAGGAUUUUUGGAUCCAGCCCUAUCACAACCGUGUUCUUUUCUGUUUGGCGUUUAAUACCCGGGAGGGCUCGUGCUGCUGCUUACAAAACCUUACGAAAGUUUGGCGAGCUCUUAUAUGGACGUACGGCAGCUACAGUUCAAAGAUUGCCGUUUGGGAUUUACCUGAAAACUCAUACCGACCCUGCGGAAUGUCGCAAUGAAGUGUCGGCGCUUGCCACGGUUUACCAGCGUACUUCGAUGCCAACACCAAAAGUGUUAGAUGCGGUUUACGGGCCAGAAGAUUUCGCGGCAAAAAAUUCAGACUCGUACCUCCUUAUGACACAGUUGCGCGGGACGUCAAUGGAUCGGUGCAUUGAAGCAAUUUCUGACAACGACCUCGAUCAUAUUCGCCAUAACCUGGGCAUAUUUCUUUCUCAACUCCGAAGCAUACCCAAAAUUCAUCGUCCUGGUGUGACUAUCAGCGACACACUGGGGGAGGCCUGUAAAGAUUCGCGCAUUAGAGGUGGGCAGCAUGUUGGCCCCUUUGAGGAUGAAGCGGCCUUUAGCAAGUAUCUCAUGUUUCCCGAUGAUCCAGCUCGGCGAGGCCACAAGAUUCACUUUACACAUUCAGACCUUAACCCACGGAACAUUCUGGUGGAUCGAAUUGCAGCGCAAGGUGGAGGGUACCGUUGGAUAGUGACUGGGAUCGUAGAUUGGGAGUUUGCUGGUUAUUACCCAGAGUAUUGGGAGUAUACGAAAGCCAUGUUUGAGGGCUUUCGCUGGCCACGGCGAUACAACGAAUUCGUCAAAUCGACGUUUCAACAGCUUGGCGAUUACUCUGCGGAGAUGGACGUAGAGAAGAGGAGCUGGGAGAAUGCGGAUCAUGUUUGA